AUGCAGCGGGCCGCGCUGUUCGGGAGCGGCAGGGAUGCGCAGAUGGCUGCGGGGGACCUGGGGGAGCUGCUGGUCCCCUAUAUGCCCACGAUCCGCGUGCCCAAGUCAGGGGAUCGGGUCUACAAGACGGAAUGUGCCUUCUCCUACGAGUCCCCGGAUUCAGAAGGAGGUCUCUAUGUGUGCAUGAACACGUUUCUGGGAUUUGGAAGGGAACACGUUGAAAGGCACUAUCGAAAAACAGGACAGUGUGUAUAUAUGCAUCUGAAACGACAUGUGAUAGAGAAGGUACCAGGCGCAUCUGGUGGAGCUUUACCAAAAAGGAGGAACGCAAUGCUAUUUUUAGAUCUAGAAACAAAUGGCGAUUUAAACAAUGAUGAUUUUGAGUAUGAAGAUGAAGCCAAACUCGUUAUAUUUCCAGAUCACUAUGAAAUUCCAUUACCAAAUAUAGAGGAGUUGCCAGCACUGGUAACAAUAGCUUGUGACGCAGUCCUCAGUUCAAAAUCUCCCUACCGAAAGCAGGACCCGGACUCGUGGGAAGAAGAGCUACAAGUAUCCAAACACGCCAAAACCCUUGUACAGAUAGACAACGGUGUUAGGAUUCCCCCCAGUGGCUGGAAGUGCUCGAAGUGUGACCUGCGGGAGAACCUCUGGCUGAACCUGACGGAUGGCUCGGUGCUGUGCGGGAAAUGGUUCUUCGAUGGCAGUGGGGGAAACGGACAUGCACUGGAACACUACAAAGAGAUGGGCUAUCCCUUAGCAGUGAAGCUGGGAACCAUCACUCCCGAUGGUGCAGAUGUCUAUUCUUUUGAUGAAGAGGAGGCAGUUUUAGAUCCACAUAUAGCAAAACACUUGGCGCACUUUGGGAUUGAUAUGCUCCAGAUGCAUGUGACAGAGAACGGCCUAAGAGAUAACAACAUAAAACCAAGAGUCUCUGAGUGGGAAGUGAUUCAGGAAUCUGGUGUGAAGCUAAAGCCCAUGUAUGGCCCAGGAUACACUGGCAUGAAGAACUUGGGAAAUAGCUGCUACCUCAGUGCUGUCCUGCAGGCCAUUUUCAGCAUCCCAGAGUUUCAGCGAGCGUAUGUGGGAAACCUUCCAAGAAUAUUCGACUAUUCCCCUCUAGAUCCAACACAAGAUUUCAACACGCAGAUGGCUAAAUUAGGACACGGCCUCCUUUCGGGCCAGUACUCUAAACCACCAAUGAAAUCUGAGCUUAUUGAACAGGUGAUGAAGGAAGAACACAAGCCUCAACACAAUGGAAUUUCUCCUCGAAUGUUUAAGGCCUUUGUAAGCAAAGGGCACCCAGAAUUCUCCUCCAAUAGACAGCAAGAUGCACAGGAGUUUUUCCUGCACCUUAUAAACCUAGUAGAGAGAAACCGCAUUGGCUCAGAAAACCCCAGCGAUGUUUUCCGGUUCCUGGUGGAAGAACGCACACAGUGCUGCCAGUCUAGGAAAGUCCGAUACACAGAAAGGGUAGACUAUCUCAUGCAGUUACCUGUGGCCAUGGAGGCAGCAACGAACAAAGAUGAAUUAAUUGCCUACGAACUGAAGAGGAGAGAAGCAGAAGCUGCUAGGAGACCUCUGCCAGAGCUCAUCCGUGCCAAGAUCCCAUUUAGUGCGUGUCUGCAGGCCUUUUCUGAACCAGAAAACGUAGAUGACUUCUGGAGCAGUGCCCUUCAAGCAAAAUCUGCAGGCGUUAAAACAUCUCGCUUUGCUUCAUUUCCUGAGUACCUGGUAGUGCAGAUAAAGAAGUUCACCUUUGGCCUUGACUGGAUACCCCAAAAGCUUGAUGUUUCCGUAGACAUGCCAGACCUACUAGACAUCAAUCACCUCCGUGCCACGGGACUACAACCAGGAGAAGAGGAACUUCCCGACAUUGCUCCGCCCAUUAUCAUUCCUGAUGACCCCAAAGAUCGCAUGAUGAACCAUUUCAUGGAGCCUCCGGAUAUUGAUGAAUCUUCAGUGAUGCAGCUAGCAGAGAUGGGUUUCCCCUUGGAAGCCUGUCGGAAAGCUGUAUACUAUACAGGAAACAUGGGUGCUGAAGUGGCUUUCAACUGGAUCAUUGCACACAUGGAAGAACCGGAUUUUGCAGAGCCAUUAGCUAUACCUGGCUAUGGGGGAGUUGCUUCUGCCGGAGCAGCUGGUCUAAGGGCUAUUGGGUUAGAUAACCAGCCUCCAGAAGAGAUGGUAGCUCUCAUCACCUCCAUGGGAUUCCAGAGGAAUGUAGCUAUUCAAGCACUCAAAGCAACAAAUAAUAAUUUGGAGCAUGCACUGGACUGGAUCUUCAGCCACCCUGAGCCCGAAGAGGAAAGCGAGUCUGCUUCAGAUGUGAUGGAUAUGGAAAAUAAUGCUAAUGCCAACAUCCUUGCAGAAGCAGGUUCAGAGGGGCCCAGGAUCAAAGAUGGGUCUGGAAGGUAUGAGCUCUUUGGAUUCAUCAGCCACAUGGGAACAUCCACAAUGAGUGGCCACUAUGUUUCCCACCUCAAAAAGGAAGGAAGAUGGGUGAUCUACAACGACCUUAAAGUCUGUGCCUCAGAACGACCUCCCAGAGACCUGGGCUAUAUUUACUUCUACCGUAGGAUACCAAGUUAG